AACCCAUGUUAAAUCUCAAAAACGAAGAUAAUGGCGCUAUCAUCGUCAUCUUCAGCAUCAUGUUCAUGCUUUUCACCUUCUACAACAAUUCUACCUCCUUCUCUUCCUUUCACUACUCAAUUCCACCGUAACGUCCGUUUUCGGCGAACAAUUGCCGCAACCGCCACCGUGUCCACUCCGUCACUCUUCUCUACCACCAGAGAAGGACUUGACGCAGUUAACAUUGCCGAAGAUGUCACUCAGUUGAUUGGAAAUACACCGAUGAUAUAUCUGAAUAAAGUUACAGAUGGAUGUGUAGCAAAUGUUGCUGCAAAACUUGAAUCCAUGGAACCUUGCAGAAGUGUCAAGGAUAGAAUUGGCUAUAGCAUGUUAGCUGAUGCUGAAGAGAGUGGAGCGAUUUCUCCAGGGAAGACUGUUUUAGUUGAACCUACAACUGGAAAUACGGGACUUGGCCUUGCUUUUGUUGCCGCAACGAAGGGUUAUAAACUAAUAGUCACAAUGCCUGCGUCUGUUAAUAUUGAGAGGAGAAUCCUUUUACGCACAUUUGGUGCAGAAGUUGUUUUGACGAAUGCCGAGAAGGGGUUGAAAGGGGCUGUUGACAAAGCUGAAGAAAUUGUCUAUGGCACACCCAAUGCUUACAUGUUUCGGCAGUUUGAUAACAGGAAUAACACAAAGAUCCACUUCGAAACUACAGGGCCAGAGAUAUGGGAGGAUACAAUGGGUAAUGUUGAUUUAUUGGUUGCUGCUAUUGGAACUGGCGGCACUAUUACAGGAACUGGACAAUAUCUGAAAUUGAUGAACAAAAAAAUAAAGGUGGUUGGGGUGGAACCUGCAGAUAGAAGUAUAAUCUCAGGAGACAAUCCAGGUUUCAUACCAAGUAUUUUAGAUAUCAAACUGCUUGAUGAAGUUGUCAAGGUUACCAAUGUUGAAGCUAUUGAAAUGGCAAGGAGAUUAGCAUUGGAAGAAGGAUUACUGGUUGGGAUUUCUUCAGGAGCUGCAGCAGCAGCUGCGAUAACUUUAGCAAGACGGCCUGAAAAUUCUGGAAAACUUAUAACGGUUAUUUUUCCUAGUUUUGGUGAGAGGUAUCUUACUACUGCCCUCUUCAGUUCUAUUUAUGAAGAAGUUCAGAGAAUGUAACAAUUAGAGUUUCCCUUAAUGUGGACGAUGACAUUCGGAAAUUGGAGCUGCUAUCAUGUCAGAAUUCAAGAAAGCAGCCGCCUUAGAUUUGUUUAGGUAUCUUCACACAGUAUUGUCAGAUUAAAAUCAGUAUGUAGCUGCUGUAAAGUUUUAAAUCAUCAGAAGUUUUGCAUCUGAUGCAUCCAUUUUGGACAACGGUUCUUGAAGCUGAGUUCACACUUGAUACAGAAGGGGACUGACUUGAUGUACAAUGUAUUUUGUGUGCUGGUAAUCUAGGUUGCCCUUACAUUCUAUUCUUUUCAUUACAAUUCAACAUUUCUUCCCCAGUCAUAAAAAUGAAUAGUAUUCCAAUGUUUUAUAGGAUUAUUGACAUUUUUUUUAUAUGUUUUAGUACCCCCCAAAAUGUAAGAUGUGGUAAAUGACAAUAUGGUUGACAAUGGAAUCAUCGGUGUACAGAACCAUUAUUUAUUCAGCAGAAUUGGUGCUUGUGUUCUCUUCCAA